AUCCUAGUUGCCUGAACAUUGUUGAAAGGGUUUUUGCUCUCUCUAGUCUCGAACUUGCUCGUCUGUAGUUCUUCCUAAUCCUCGCAUUUCAGCUGUCUGCUGUAGAUUCCCGCUAGCUUCCUUUCAGCUCUGCUUCGGCAGCUCAUCCCAGUCUCCCUCAACCUCCUCCAUUAAACGCGUCGAUGACCUUAUAAUGGAGUCCAAAAAAUUAAGUAACCGCAGUAAUUUUAAUUCCAACGCGACUACCUCUAAUCUUUCUUCCCUCCUCGCUAUCGCCACGGCUUACGAGCAACCCCUUACCUACACCAUCGAGGACGUUCGCCCCUGGGGAGGCAUUGACAUGUUCCGCUCUGCUGCUUACUCCAACUGCGUGCGCAAGCCCUCCUGAUAUACCCUACGAGAUAUUCCGCUGACUACUAAGCUUCAAGAUUCGCGAGUUAACAAACACGGGAGGUCCUAGGUCUCGGGGGAAAACGGCUCGGGGGUUGGUAGAUACUUUGGACACGGGUUCUCGGGGGAUUCUGUGUAGCAGAGCAGCGUAGGUUGCGGUAGUGCUGCCGUCUAGAAGGUCCGUCCUUCCUCUCAUUGUGACAUCCGUCACAUCUGACAGUGCCGUCGGUGCUUCUCGUCUCUCGCACUCGUGCCUCUCUUCUCUCUCUACCGCUAACGCUGCUCUGCUGUUUGUCAUGGAGUCCCCACUUAGCCUCCCGUGUCCGGCGUUCGAGGGUUUCGAGAAACGCCUCGACGUGGAGUUCACCUGGAAGAAAACUAUUCUGCCUGAGCUCAAGUGCAAGGGUCUCCGUUCCGCCUCCCGCGCGGCUCUGGAUGCCAUGCUCGACGACGCUCAGUGCACCAUUGUAUCGAAGAUGUCCAACGAGCACUUGGACGCGUACGUGCUCUCCGAGUCGAGCCUCUUCGUCUUCCCGACUCGCGCUGUGAUCAAGACCUGCGGGACCACCCGCCUCCUCAACGCCAUCCCGAAGCUCCUCGAGAUUGCCACCGAGGCCGGGCUCGAGCCCGCUCGCUGCCGGUUUUCACGAGGGACUUUCUUGUUCCCUGAGGCGCAGCUGUCCCCGCACAGGAGCUUCGACGAGGAGAUUGCGGUGCUGGAUGGCUUCUUCGGCGGUCUGAAGCACCGCCGCGCGCAUAUCAUGGGCGACGUUCUCGGAAGCAGGAAGUGGCACGUGUACGUGGCUGGGGAGUUGCCUACUGCUGUGAUUCCGGCUGCUGCUACCUGCGCCGGUGGGGUUGCUUCUGAUGGUUCGGCUGGUGGUUCGGUGGUGACGGUCGAGGUUUGCAUGACCGAUCUUGGGCGUGCCGCGACGAAGUAUUUCUUCAAGAGCAACGGCUACGGCGAUGCUGCUGACGUGACGGGGCUGUCCGGGAUCGGAGAUCUCGUGCCGCACUCGCGCAUCGACGAUUUCAACUUCGACCCCUGCGGCUACUCGAUGAACGGCCUGGAUGGCGAGGUGAUAUCAACGGUGCACAUCACUCCGGAGGACGGGUUCAGCUACGCGAGCUUUGAGGUGAUGGGAUCCGUGGGUGUUGGCGCGAAGGGCCCCCUCUGGCAUGCGACUGGCGGCGAUCUCGGUCAGCUCGUCGCGAAGACUGCGCGCACCUUCCUGCCUGGUCGUCUAACCGUCGCUGUGCACUCGAGCCAGGUCGCCGCUGAGGGUGUGUUCGGAGGCAAGGCGUGGACCAAUCUGAGCGCGCCACGUGGAUACGCCUGCGCCGGGUCGAGCUGCCACAUGCUUCCCGGAGGUGCGGCUGUGUCGUACGUGUGCUUCGAUUCCCUCGAGAUCGCCGGCUCCGGCGGGGCUCUGCGCGGCGAUCUGCUGCUCGGCAAUGGCAAUCUCCUGCCGUCCUUCGACAGCUUCAGGUCGUCUGAGUCGUCGGAUUCCAUCGCCUCUCUCGAGUCCCUCGCCUCGUUCGACUCAUCCGAUGACGUCCUGGAGGAGUCCUCCGGGGAGAAGGCGUCGCCGCUUACUCUCUCUCCUGCCGUCUCCUCCGCUGUCGCUGAGACGCUGAAGCUCUACGGCGCCAAGGCUGCUGCCGUCGUUGCCGAUCUCGCCCCGUCUCUCAUCGGCGCGUCUCCCGCCGCGAUCGACGCUCACAUCCGCGCGUGCGUCAACAUCGGCCUCGACUCUGCCUUCUACGUCAUGGACGCUGGCGUCGCACUGCAGCUGCACGCCACGUGGACGCAGCUUCUGCCACGUGUCCACCCAUUCUACGCCGUCAAGUGCAACCCCGACCCCGCGCUCCUCUCCCUGCUCGCCUCCGUCGGCGCCGGAUUCGACGUCGCCAGCAAAGCGGAGAUGGAAAUGGUCGCAGCUGCAUGCGGCGGGGUCUUGCCGGAUAGCUCCCGCCUGAUCUACGCGAACCCGUGCAAGCUCCCCGCGCACAUCCGCUUCGCAGCGGCGUCCGGAGUCCACAUGACGACGUUCGACUCCGUCACCGAGCUGCAGAAGCUCCGCCGCUGGAACCCGUCCGCGCAGGCGGUGCUGCGCGUGCGCGUGGACGACCCGAGCGCGCGCUGCCCCAUGGGGGUGAAGUACGGCGCGGAGGCGGAGGAGUGCCCGGAGCUGCUGGCGGCAGCACAGGAGAUCGGCGUGCAGGUUGUGGGCGUGGCGUUCCACGUGGGCAGCGGCGCGAAGGACCCGCGCAUCUUCGGAGAUGCCAUUGCGCUCGCGAGGGAUAUCUUCAACGUGGCGGAACAGCUGGGCAUGCCGCCGCUUUCUCUUCUGGAUAUUGGAGGAGGUUUCACCUAUGAUGGGCUGCAGGAUGAUGACUACACUAGCAGUGGAGCUGGUGAUAACGGGGAUGGGGGUGCUGAUGGGGAGAUGUCGUUCUUGAAGGCUUGCUACUCCGUGAACGUCGCUCUGGCGAAGUACUUCCCUGAGGAGAUGGGCGUCCGCGUUAUAGCAGAACCCGGGCGCUUCUUUGCUGAGGCUCCCUUCACUCUGGCGGCCAAGGUCUUUGGCGUCCGCUCCCGCAGGACCACUGCCAACAAGGCUGCUGCUCUGGCUGCCCUCACAAAGCACGCCUCCAGCUCCUCUGCUGGAGACGCCUCUGCAGCUGCUGGAACCGGCGCAAGCAAGGGUGCGGUGAUGGAGUACUGGAUCGAUGAUGGCAUCUACGGGUCCAUGAACUGCCUGCUCUACGACCAUGCGGUCAUCUCCGCUCGCCCUGUCAAGGUGGCGUCAGGCGCUGGGGGAGCGGACGGGGAGGGGGAGGAGGAGCAGCUGUGCCGCUCCACGGUGUUUGGCCCGACGUGCGAUGGCUUGGAUACGAUUCUGAGGGACGUGUGGCUGCCGCGCCUGGAGCUGGACGACUGGCUGGUGUUCUCCAAGAUGGGUGCAUACACCCAGGCGGCUGGGUCCAGCUUCAAUGGGUUUGCCACGUCUGACAUUGGAACAGUCCGUGUCUUCUCCACGGCCUUCCCAGAGGGCCUGGCAGAGGCUGCUGCUCGCCUGCACGACCGUGUGGCCGAUGCUGUGUCUGCCUCUGACAGCGAUGCUGCCAGCUCCUUCUCUGGGAGCGAUGAGGAGGAGGGCAGUGGCAGCGACUGGGACAGCAGCUAGAAUUCUGCUGCCUCGCCUCUGGGAGUGAGGAGUGAUGUUAUGGGGAGUGCUGCUAUGGGAGUUGAGGGGUGAUGUUGGUGCUUGGCUUUGGGAUUUAGCUGGACUGAGAUUCACACUGGUAGCUGCUGCACUGGCUUUGCAGCUGGGCUUGUGGUUGGGUUUGUGUUGGAUUGGGUGGUGAGCUUAGGCAGAUGAAAUGUGGCGGCUUUUGCCUAAGUCAUCCUAUCAACUCGAUGUGG